AUGGUCCAAGACUUCAGACCCCUAAAUGAAGUAACAGCUGAUGAAUCGUACCCUGUUCCAGACCCAUACAUCGCACUGAACAACCUUUCUCCGAACGACAAGUACUUCACAGUAAUUGAUCUGGCCAACGCCUUCUUCACAAUCAAACUGCAUCCAGAAUCUCAGAAGUACUUUGCCUUCACCGUGAAGGGGAGACAAUACACUUACUGUCGGAUGCCCCAAGGAUGGAAACUGUCCCCCGGGUACUUCAACCAUUUCCUACGUCUGGAUCUGGCUGAAUUUAACCUUCCUGAGAAGUGCACUCUCAUACAAUAUGUGGAUGAUCUGGCUAUUUCAGGACCAGAUGCAAGUGGUGGUGUUAUGGGUGGGAAAUGUGGGGUGGCUGUACCGUGUUAUGACUGUUGUGUGGUUGGUGGUAGGGUGUUAGCCGUGGGCUGGAUUUGUUUCAGUGGGAUGGGAACCGUUGUACGCGGGCUACAGGAUGUGGUUUUCGUGUUGUGUUCGUUUUGUGGGGGUGGUGCUUUUGUGGUUGUUUGA